AUGGGAAAAUAUUGUUCUGUCUUCAGGGAAAAAAAGAUGGGUAGUUUGCAAACGCUGGUUUGUGUAAAGCAGGUGAAGCAGGAGAAAUCAGAAGAGUGGGAUGAGAGCAUGCCGUUGCCUGGGGAUAUUAUUGAAGGUUUUGAUGAUAAUGAUGAGUCAUUUGUGCCGGUUAAAGCCAAGUCGGAGCUUAGUGCACAGCUUGGCAAGAUUAGCCAUCUUGUUGAUGUCAUACUGGUUAAGGUUCGAAGGGGAGAUAACAUUCUUAAGCUACCCGUCCGAGUUGUGCUCGACAGGAAUUCAAUUCUGCAGAAAAGGUACACAAUUACAGCAGAAUUAGAUGAAAGGCAUGUUGCAGUUUUGGGCGACUUGACCUUAGAACAAUGUACAGAGCUGCAAGAAAUAAGCCGGAAGGUGGUGAGUUUAGAUUACCGGGGAUUCAGCAAAAGAAGUGUCAAAUAUGAUUGGAAAAUGAAAACGGGCACCUAUUUGCCGGACCAACGAUGCACGGUUGUUAGCUCAAUUUUGUUCUCACCUCUACAGACUGAACACAACACUGAGGCCACCAUAGUCAGAUGCAUGGCCUGGUUUUCUGCAGCAGUAUCUUCCGGGGUUCCUCUUGUGUUUGUCAAUAUCCAAACUGAACAAAUUCUGACCUCGGAGAAAAUCAAUACUACAGGAAAAGAAAUAAUAUGUAAGGGGAAGCAGCAAAACAACACUACAACACUGCAAAUAGUGCAGGGAAUAAGACUAUGGUUUCUCCCAGGAGUUUCAGAAGUUUUACUUGAAAUGUUCCCAGAGCCAGGAGAAGCACGAUUUGGGAUGGAUAUUAAACGCACCGAAGAGGGCUUCAUCUGCGUUUACUCAGUGGCAAAGGGGUCAGCAGCUGACCGUGCAGGGCUGCGACAUCUAUAUGAAGAAGCAAAUGCAACUAGGCAUCUACUUGUGAUCUCUCGAUUAGAAGGCAAAAGCAUAAUGCCUGCUAGUGCUAGCUCUGAUGGGCUGUUACACUGCUGUGAUCAUAAUGAAAUUAGGGACACCCUCACAAAUGCCAUUUAUCGGAUGGAUGGAAUUCAUGUCCACAUUAUGGCCUGGCCCAGCCGGACUGGCGCUGAGGCUGCUCGAACGAUUGAUGCUGCAGCCCUCCUGCCUCCUCACUGA